CACAAGCUAAUACGCUCUGUAUAAUUCUGCUUGUUACUGAGAGUUAGAGUAUUGUCUUGACCAGCUGUGUAUGAAAACCGUCAUGACAUCACUUCUGUUUUGAUUUGAUGCCAUAUAGAUGAAAUGGAUUUCACUUACAUAUAUUGCAGGCUGUAAUAUUAUAGUGUCUUUUCUCUAACCAGGUACAACAUUGUCAUUUUUGGUGCUGUGGAUGGUUUUUCUAGAAAGGUAUAAUUCGAGUAAAAAUAAACAUAUAAGAGGACAGCUUGAAAAAUAAAAAAUUACACCCUCUUAAUAUUUUCCAUAGAUCAUGUACCUGGGUGCAGCAAACAACAAUCGGGCCUCAACAGCACUGGCCUUCUUCCAGCAAUCAGUGGACAGAUAUGGAUUUCCAUCAAGGGUAAGAGCGGAUCAUGGAGUCGAGAACGUUGAUAUUGCACGGCUGAUGUUCUCUAUCAAGGGAACAGGAAGGUCCAGUUUCAUUGCUGGAAAGAGCGUGCACAAUCAAAGAAUUGAACGACUCUGGAGAGACGUGUGGUGUGCUGUGACCAGCAUAUACUACAGUGUGCUACAUUCACUAGAGGAGGAUGGUUUGCUUGACCUGUCAAACAUUGCACACCUCUUCAGUUGUCAUUAUGCAUUUCUGCCAAGACUACAAGCUAGUCUUGAUAUCUUCAGCAGUGGAUGGGAUAACCACCCACUCAGAACUGAGGGUAACCUAACACCCAAUCAGCUGUGGGAGAUGGGGAACAUUCAGCAUGCCAUGGCAGAACCAGAAAAUGCAGAGGGAUUGUACCUACCAUAUUUGGACUGGGAGGACAGUGGCCUGCCUGAUGAGCUAAACCAUGGAGUCAUUGUUCCAGAGAUGGGCGAUGUACUGAGUGAUGAACAAAUGGCAGCACUAAGGGCAGCCAUAAAUCCCCUGGGACACUCCCAAUCACAUGGCUCAGACAUCUACCUAGCUACUGUCCAGUAUGUCCAGCACUUACAAGGCUUACAGUAA